CGGUGCGGGCGCUGCCGGGGAGGCGGGCGGGAGGCGGGCCGGUGACUCAUGGCUUCCCACCGGCGGCGGCUCCUCCCCGCGGCCGCCGGCCCCGCGCAGCCCCCGGCACAUGGGCCGCGGCUCCGGCAGCGCGGAGCUGGCCAUGGCCGCACCGCCCGCCCGCUGCCCCGACUGCCCGCGGCCGGAGCGGGGGGGCGGCGGCGCGACCCCCGCCGUGCCACACCUCGCCAUUGCGGUGGACGAGGGGGACGUGCUGCCCGGGGCGCUGCGGAUCGUGCGGCGCCUCAGACCCGCCUGGGACCCGGCCACGGUGAAGACCAAGCUCUUCACUGACGGCAUCACCAACAAGCUGGUGGCCUGCUACACGGACGAGGGCAUGGGGGACGCGCUGCUGGUGCGGGUGUACGGCAGGAAAACCGAGCUGCUGGUGGACAGGGAGACGGAGCUGAGGAACUUCCAGGUGCUCCGAGCCCACGGCUGCGCCCCCGACCUCUACUGCGCCUUCCAGAACGGGCUCUGCUACCAAUUCCUGCCGGGAAUCGCGCUGGGACCCGACCACGUGAGGGAUCCUCACAUCUUCAGGCUGGUGGCGCGGGAGAUGGCGCGAGUCCACGCCAUCCACGCCAACGGGAGCCUCCCCAGGCCCAUCCUGUGGCAGAAGCUGCGCAAAUACCUCAGCCUGGUGAAGACAGAGCUCAGCCCAAAGGUAUCCAACGCCAGCCUCCCGCGGGACGUGCCCAGCCCCGAGGCGCUGGAGCAGGAGCUGGCCUGGAUGGAGCAGACGCUGUCGCAGCUCGGCUGCCCCGUGGUGCUGUGCCACAACGACCUCCUGUGCAAGAACAUCAUCUACGACAGGACACGAGAGCGCGUGCGCUUCAUCGACUACGAGUACACCGGCUACAACUACCAGGCCUUCGACAUCGGCAACCACUUCAACGAGUUCGCAGGUGUGAAGGAGGUGGAUUACGGCCUCUACCCCAGCAGGGAGACGCAGCUGCAGUGGCUGCACUCCUACCUGCAGGCCUACAAGGAGCUCACCCAGGGCCACCCAGGUGACAGCCAGGUGUCCCAGGAGGAGCUGGAGACCCUCUACGUGCAAGUGAACAAGUUCUCCUUGGCGUCCCAUUUCUUCUGGGCCUGCUGGGGGCUGAUCCAGGAUAAAUAUUCCACCAUAGACUUUAAUUUCUUACGAUAUGCAAAGCUAAGGUUCAAACAGUACUUCAAGAUGAAGCCAGUGGUCACAGCCCUGCAGCUCCCCAAGUAGGGGCACCCCCAGCUCUCCUGUCCUGGCUGUGCCCUCGCGCCCCCUUCACCCCUUUGCCCAGGGGGACACGAGGAGCCUUGCCCGGCCACCCCCGUGCCAGGAGAACCUGGCCACCCCCAAGAGUGGACCACGAGAUGCUGGAGAGGACCAGGGCCCGGCGAGGCCCCAGCCCAUGCCAGGACGCCUCACCACCGCCUUAACGCCGAGCCCCGCUCGGCCCCGGUGCCCGGCAGGUCCGUGCCCCGCUGGCACUGCUGCUGCUGCUGCUGCUGCCUGGCACUGCCCCUUCCCCUGCGCUGGCCCUGAGGGGGACACGGGGUCACCCCAGAGCUGCCCCACUUUGGUCACUUUGGCUGUCCCCUCCUGCCCUGCUGGGUGCCACCCCCAAGCAGCGCUGUCCCAAGUCCCUGCUGGCCCCAGGGACAGGAACCUUGUCCCUUUGGGGUGGCAGCUGCUGGCAAAGGGGCAGUGCCAGCCGUGAGCCCCUGGCACCAAUGGGGUGCUGCUGGUGGGCACUGGGUGUCUCUACAGCUGCCCCUGCCUGUCCCCCCUGUCCCCUUGGCUUGGUGGCUUCUCCCCUGCCCUCAUCUCUGCCCUCAGGAUCAGGGGACAUCCAGGGGGGUUUGUCCUGCCUGUCCCCACUGUCCCCUUGGCUUGGUGGCUUCCCUGCCACUGCCAGCUCUGCCCUCAGGGUCAGGAAGGUCUGGGGACAUCCAGAGGGAUCUGUCCUGCCUGUCCCCACCCAUCCAGCUCCUGGCAGCAAUCAGGGCCCUGUGCCCCACCCCUGGCCAUGGGCACAGGGUGACAGUCCCUUCUCUGGGAACAGGGGUGUCCCCCAGAGCCCUGUGCCACCCCUGGCCAUGGGGACAGGGUGACAGUCCCUUCUCUGGGAACAGGGGUGUCCCCCAGAGCCCUGUGCCACCCCUGGCCAUGGGGACAGGGUGACAGUCCCUUCUCUGGGAACAGGGAUGUCCCCCAGACAGUCUCAGGGCUGCUGGCACCUCCCUGUUUGUUUCAAUGGGAAAUAAAAGCUGCUGGUAGCUGGAAUUUGGGGCUGGUGGAUCUGGGGGCUCUGGGGGUGCUCCUGUCCCUUCUGUACCCCGAGAUGUCCCCAUUCAACCCAGGCCCCCCACUCUCUGCUCCAAAAAAGUCACUUUUAUUGUGCCAAGGGCCAGGGGGAGGAACGAUUGUAAACAGGGAUGUGAAAUAUACAGGUUAAGUUACUCGUCGUCUUAUUAACAAAAUAAAGCUCUAUCUAUA